AUGAAAAAGAUCCGAAAUUCCUCUACCACCACCACCACGGGCGGCGGCGGAGCCACGACGGCGAUGAGGGUGAUAGUGCCCUUACAAGGUGUGGUGCAAGGCCGUGGAGGCCUUUUCUUGGGUUCAGUUAUACCCUGUGCUCUGUUUUACUUUCUUCAACUCUACCUCAAGGGCAGGGGUGGGCGCAAGUCCGGCGAACCUCCAGCACCGCCGGAGAGUUCUCCGUCGGAGACCCAUUUGCGGGAAGUGUCGACUCUGCAGAGGGUUCAUUCAAGGUUACUGCUUUCUCCCCGAGGGACGAGUGGACCGGCCCAGGUGUCGUCUAGAGCUAAUGCAAUUGCUAAGCAGGCCGAUGGGACUUACUGUGUGGGCCUGAAGCGGGCUGCAGACGACCCAUACGAUGAAAUGAAUAAUCCAGAUGGUGUGAUUCAACUUGGGUUGGCUGAAAACAGAUUGUCAUUGGACAUGGUUCAAGAGUGGCUAGCAGACAAUACAAGGGAAUCAAUAAUAUCCCAGGAUUUGAGCAUAAGUGGGAUUGCAGCUUAUCAGUCGUUUGAUGGGUUGAUGGAGUUGAAAGUGGUUGUGGCAGAGUUCAUGUCUCAAGUCAUAGAGAAACCACAGUUUUUCAACCCGGCACAGAUAGUGCUAACUGCUGGGGCUACUCCUGCAAUUGAGAUACUCAGUUUCUGCUUGGCUGAUCCAGGGAAUGCAUUUCUUGUACCGUCACCAUACAAUCCUGAUCUCGAUAGGGAUGUCAAAUGGCGAGCUGGGGUGGAGAUUGUACCCGUUCCUUGCCGCAGUGCAGACAACUUCAGUUUAAGUACAACUGCUCUUGAUCGAGCAUUUAACCAGGCCAAGAAACGUGGUCUUAAAGUUCGUGGGAUGAUAAUUUCAAACCCUUCAAAUCCUGUGGGAGUUCUGUAUAACCGUGAAAUGCUUUACAGCCUCUUAGACUUUGCUACUGAGAAGAACAUUCAUAUUAUCUCUAAUGAAGUAUUUGCCGGAUCAACUCAUGGAAGUGAAGAGUUUGUAAGCAUGGCGGAAAUCAUUGACACAGAAGAUUAUGACAGAGGUCGAGUUCAUAUUAUUUAUGGUCUGUCGAAGGACAUAUCUCUUCCCGGGUACGGGAUUGGUGUUAUCUAUACAUUCAACGAGAAUGUUCUGUCUGCUGCUAAGAAACUUGCAAGAUUCUCGCCUGUUUCGGCCCCAACACAGCGUUUGCUUGUCUCUAUGCUUUCACAUACAAAAUUCAUUCAACGGUUUAUCAAGAUCAAUAGGGAGAGGGUUCGAAGGAUGUAUAUUUUGUUUGCGGGCGGCUUAAAGCUGUUGGGUAUUGAAUGCAUAAAGAGUAAUGGAGGAUUCUAUUGCUGGGCCGACAUGAGUAGUUUAAUCCGCUCAUACAGUGAAAAAGGAGAGCUUGAGUUGUGGGAAAAUUUGUUGAAUGUGGCCAAGGUCAAUGCCACUCCGGGAUCAUCCUGUCAUUGUGUUGAACCUGGGUGGUUCAGGUUAUGCUUUAGCACAUUGAGGGAAAAGGACAUUCCUGUUGUUAUUGAACGUAUUCGGAAAAUUUCUGAAACAUGUAUAUCUCGUAGUUGA